AUGACCCUCAGGACAGACCUGCCCAACUGCAGGGCCUCAGGUCCUGAGAGCAGCGGUCUCUGCCUUGGGCUUUCUUGUCACCUCUGCUGCUUGCAGGAUGGGGUUUCAGGCAGCAGUGGGAGUUGUGACCCCCCGCCCAGGAGCUGGUGGGAAGGGUGGAGUCCCAAGCCUGCCCCCACUGCAUCCUGGGCCUGGGGAAACUUCCCUGAGGGCAGCAACAAGGCUGACGCCCACCUGCUGCCCCCUCCCCACAGCUGGGUGUUCCUGAUAAAGAAGGGUUACCAAGACACAGACACCUCCCUGCAGAGCAGCAUCAUCACCAAAGUCAAGGGUGUGACCUUCACCAACACCUCGGAGCUCGGGGAGCGGCUCUGGGAUGUUGCCGACUACGUCAUCCCACCCCAGGGAGAGAAUGUCUUCUUCAUUGUCACCAACCUGAUCGUGACCCCCAACCAGCGGCAGAGAACCUGUCCUGAGAGUGAAAGCAUCCCCGACGCCCUGUGCUAUAAUGACAGUGACUGCCCUCCUGGGGAGCCUGUUGUGGCUGGAAAUGGAGUGAGGACUGGCCGCUGCCUGCCGCUGGGGGACGCGCAGAGGGGCACCUGUGAGAUCUUCGCCUGGUGCCCGGUGGAGACAAAGUCCAGGCCAGCGAAGCCACUCCUGGGCCAGGCUGAAGACUUCACUGUUUACAUAAAGAACUUCAUUUGUUUCCCCAAAUUCCACUUCUCCAAGACCAAUGUGCUGGACACCAAAGACAGAUCUUACCUGAAGUCCUGUCGAUUUGGCCCCAAGAACCCCUACUGCCCCAUCUUCCGGCUGGGGUCCCUGGUCAGCUGGACGGGGAACAAAUUCCAGGAGAUGGCCCUGCAGGGCGGUGUGAUAGGAAUUCAGAUUGAAUGGGACUGUGAUCUUGAUAAAGCUCCCUCUGAAUGCAACCCUAACUAUCAUUUUAGCCGUCUGGACAACAAAUUUUCAGAAAACUCUAUCUCUUCCGGGUACAACUUCAGGUUUGCCAAAUACUACCGAGACAGAGAUGGGGUGGAGUUCCGAACUCUGAUGAAAGCCUAUGGGAUCCGCUUUGAUGUGAUGGUGAACGGCAAGGCGGGGAAGUUCAGCAUCAUCCCCACAAUCAUCAACGUGGGCUCUGGGGUGGCACUCAUGGGUGCUGGGGCUUUCUUCUGCGACCUGGUGCUCAUCUACCUCAUCAAAAAGAGCCACUUUUACCGCAACAAGAAGUACGAGGAUGCCAGGGACCUAGAGUUCCGUCCCGGGUCGGCGGAGUCCUCGCGGCAGGGCGGGGCCCCGGAGGCUGAGGACGCGGUGGGGCCGGGGCUGUCGGAGCUGCCCGAGGCGCAGGACGGAGGCUGCGGCCCGAAGGAGAACGGCUGCGUAUGCCGGCAGCUCCUCGAGCCCUCCAGGUCUGGCCCCCUGGGCAAUGGAAAGGUGAACAUGGAGCAGCUGCAGAACCUGCAGACAGUGGAGGCAUAGCCAGAGGUAUUGGCAGAGCGCAGAUUUGGUGAAGACCUUGGGGGCAGAACCGCCUGCAGCUCUGAACUGGGAAGAGUCGUCUUUGCGUCUGCAUGGGACAGGGGCUUCCAGGCACAGUCAUCUCCUGCACUUUGGGAUCUUGCUACAAGCUUUUUGCUGUUGCGUGUGGGGAGGGGAGCCUCCCAGUGGCCAGAGUGGCUCAGAUGGAGAAAAGGAGGCCCUGGAGAGGGAAGGGAGGCCGGCCAGGGGCCUAGAGUGUUUUCAUUUUUUCUGAGAACCUAGUUGGACAUUCAUGCAUUCUUACAUGCAGUAAACAUUUUUUGCUGUGUGCUGGGCCCAAUCCAAGAGAUGCUUAAGUGAGACGCUGACCUGGCCUUCAGGGAGGGGAGCACAUUGUAAUUCUCUCCAGAGCCAGCAGACGUCACUGCCAGGCUCAGCCACUCCGGCCUUCCUCCAGCCUCUAGCUGAGACUUUCACGAAUCCCUCUAGAGAAUGAGGGCUCCUCAGAGGAAGACCUUGGCCAACAUCCAAGGGGAUGUUUGCCUUUGCCCCCAGGGGUCAAAUUUAAAGGUGGCCAAGGAGGCAACCAGGAAAGGACUGGAGGGAUGAG